AUGACCACCAUGUGCCUGGCCAUGGUCACUGUGCUCGGCAGCAAACUCAUCGUGCGGAAAAGAUUGGUUUGGGCCGACUGCAUCCUCAUUGCGGCAAUGGUCUGUUCCGUUGGAUUCACCAUUGCCAUCAACAGCCAGGUCAGCCACGGACUGGGCUCGAAGCUGUCGACCGUAUCUGCCGACGACUACGACGGCUUUCAAAAGGCCGAGUAUGCGUGGAACAUCUUGUACAUCAUCAGCCUAUCCCUCGGCAAGGGGUCAACGUUGUCGCUCCUGCUGGCUCUGGCGCCGUCCAAAAGCUACCGUAUUCCCAUGCUGGCCGUCGGUAGUGUCGUCGGUCUCUGGACCCUGACCUCGAUCCUGGGCAGCGCGUUCCAGUGUGAGCUUCCACAUCCAUACCUCGUCACGACCGGCAAAUGCUUCGGCCAGAACGGCUUCUGGAUCGCCACGGGAGUCGUCGACAUCGUGACCGAUGUGGCCCUCAUGGCUCUGCCCACCUACUUGGUCUACAACCUGCAGCUGCAGAAGCAGAAGAAAAUGGCCGUGUGCUUUGCCUUCUCUUUCCGCACCGGCGCCAUUGGGUGUACCAUAUGGCGGCUGUGCGGGCUGCACUUCCUUUUUGAUCAUACCUCGGAUGUCACUUUGCACAGCUGGCUGCCGACGGUUGCCACGAUUCUCGAGGUUUUCUGGUGCGUCUUCGCCGCCUGCGUCCCACACCUGCGGCCUUUCAUCGACUCCAUUCAAGCCGGGUAUUUGUCUGGCAUGAUCCACGAAAGCGACGGCCGCUUCGACUACGGCAACGAUAGUUACCUGAUGGGCAAGAUGGCACAGAGCAAGGCUGCCUCCCAGGUCCGAAGCCAGGCACUCAAAAGCGCUGCCGAGACCAAUGUUGACGGCGGCGCGGACCGGCACCGCGCCACUGAGUCCUCCCUUGAUCUUCCACGCCAGGGACUUGGUGCCGGCAUCGGCCACGCCAUCACCAGUUCCAAUCGUGUCGUGACCAACACCGUCGCCGGACGCAAGGCUGAAAGAGAUAGUCACAACCCGGGUCCCGUCAAGAUUAGAUCCAGGAGUGAGAGCACCCGCUCCGACGGCGCAGGCAGCCAAGGCAGCGACGGUAGCAAGGCCAUGAUCAUCAAGACUACAAAGGAAUGGAGCGUGAGCUACCAGGAUGCUUGA